AUGUCUUGUCACGAAUUGAUGAACACAUGGAAAGGCACUGAAGAGGCGGUGAUGAUCAUCGACAAUCAAAUUGAUAACAAAUAUGACGCUUUCCCACCUGGCCAUAUAGUGCACAUCCGACAACACCUUCAGUAUUAUCUACCGUUUGAACACCUGGUUCAGCAACUAUUACUACCACUGCUCACCGCUCUUCACGAACAUCAACUAUACCAUCCCGAACCACACCAUGACGAGUGUGGACACCAGUGUCGAGUUGAGUACCAGGUGCAAUACCCGGCCCUCCAGUGCCAUCAACACCGCCACCUCUUCGCCCAUUAUCACCGGAUAGAGUGGGUAGUUAACAGAGUUGACACGCAGAAAAAAGAAGAGCUCUAUUCUUCUGGCGAUCCAUCUUCUGGAUUGUUAUCUGCUUACAUUUACAAUUAA